AUGGCUGUGUCCCCCACACCUGAGCGGUGGGAACAUGUUUAUUUCAACGCAACGGAAAGAAGUGAAAUUGAGAGUUUAGUUUUUGCGGCAACAAGAGAAUUCUAUUUAAGUGGUUGGAUGCCUAUCUUCUCUCUGGUUAUCGUCCUGGUUGGACUGGUGGGGAACAGCAUGGUCCUGUGGCUCCUGGGCUUCUGCAUUCCCAGGAACCCCUUCUCCGUUUACAUCCUCAACCUGGCCGGGGCCGACGUCCUGUUCCUUUCUUGCUCCUUUCUGAUCUCCAUACAUGAAUUUGUUAAAUAUUUGUCUUCUGCCAUGUACGCGGUAUUGAUCCACCUUGCAUACACGUCCUACAGUGUCGGCCUGAGCCACCUGGCUACGAUCAGCACCGAGCGCUGUCUAGCAGUGUUCUUCCACAACUGGUACCUGCAUCGCCGCCCCAAGAACACAUCUGCAGCCGUGUGCGCUGUCCUCUGGGCUCUGGCCAGCCUGUUCUGGGUAGCAGAUUCUGCCCCUUGUAUUUAUGUUACCAGUCAGGUUUUCCGUGGCGCAAUCUCCAGAAUACCGGUCGUGUGGUUAAUCCACUUCACCCCAGUGCUGUGUGCGUCCAGCCUGACUCUGCUGCUGAGGGUCCAGUGUAGCUCCCAACACCAGCAGCCCCCCAGGCUCUGCCUCCUCGUCCUGCUCAUGGUCCUGGUGUUCCUGCUCUGUGGCCUGCCCAUGACGAUCCAAGGUGUAAUAUGGCAUUUCAGCUUGGAUUUCAUGCCUUAUUGGCUCACUACGCUCCUGGCGUGCCUGAAAAGCAGCGCAUAUCCCAUCAUUUAUUUCUUGCUGGGCAGACGAAGCCAUAGACGAGGCAGGGAGCCUCUCAGGGUGGUCCUCCAGAGGGCCCUGGCGGACGAGCAGGAGUUGGAGGGUGGAAGAAGGGACUCUCACCUCACCAAUACCAGGGAGACGUCAUUCUAG